GUGGUUGCAAUGUACUACAACUCACGAUGCCGGGAGCUGCACACCUUUCCCGACAAUAUAAAGAAGCGAUUCCCACUUUUUUUUUCAAAACAUGGUCCAAGACUAACGUUGAAUGCUACUACUCAAAGGAGCUUGAUUAUUUCUCUAAGCAAUUCCAACUUCAGAUACCCAGCUCGAAUGACUUCUCUCUACAACCAACCUUCAUCAUUCACCUCCUUUUCACAUACACAGAUGGCUGAUCACGUUGACACAAACCACCUAUCACAAGGGGGAGAUACAUAUUAUUAUUACACUCAACUUGGGAAUCCAAAUUUGAACGACGAGAGAGCAAGAACAAUAGCUUUACAGUCACAUAUGUUCUCUCAGUCGUAUACAACUCCACCAAUGGACAUGCAACUUUCAAACCCGCAAUAUGGACUGAUAGAUACUCAACAGGUUCCAAUGCCAAUGUCUAGCCCCACUGUGGCCUUAAACAAUGGACAGUACGACAAUGGCAUCACAAGCACUUAUUACUAUGGAGCUCGACAAGAACUCCCGUUUAACUAUAACAGUGCAGUUUCUAACCCAUGGUUACAGCAUCCAGCUAGUAAUAUUAACAUGGUAGACUCAGCGUCUUCGUUGCAAUCGCAGAUUAGCCAACACUCACUUAUUAUACCAGAAUCAUCACAGUUAUCGUACAGUAAUAUGGAAUUUUCUGUCACGUCAAAUACCACAUCCACAAGUAGAAGCUCUAUAGAUCGAGUUUCUAAACCAGAGGGGACACGAAAGAAGCGAGUAUCGAAGGACGGGAAAGCUUGUAAAAAAGCCGAAGAGAUAUACAAAUGUGAGUUUUGUCAGAAAACGUUCACAAAGAAGUAUAGUUUGAAUUCGCACAGAAAGACCCAUAGCACUGCAAAGCCGUUCCAAUGUUCGCAUUGUGAACGUUCAUUUGCACGUAACCAUGACCGAAGAAGACACGAAUUUCUUCACCAGGGGAUAAAGAGAUUCCAAUGUGGAGGGGUGCUGAAAGAUGGUGUUACCCAAUGGGGAUGUGGAAAAAGAUUCACAAGAGCCGAUGGACUUGGGCGUCAUUUCAGAACAGAUGUCGGAUGUCAGUGUAUUAGGCCACUAAUGGCUGAAGCUCGCGACGCGGAAGAAACCCCUCUGCUCUAUGUCGGGGCCAGACCUCUUGCGGUAAGCCGGUCCACAGAAGAUGAAGUUGUUGAGAAGAUAUUAAAGAAGCUAACUCAGAAAUAAAUACGUUAGUAAAAUACUACGAUUAAACUGAGAAGCUCCCCUGUACACUCACAGUGUUGUAAAAUGUCCUCUCGGUCCAAUAGUGUAGUUUUUGAAGCUACGAUCUUACAUCCA